CCUGCCCGGGUUUUGCGCGCGUCCUGGUUUUGGAAACGCAGCUGCUGCAGAGAUCCACUCCAGCGGCCCCUGUGCGUUACUGACAUCCUGCUGUCGGGAGCGUCGGAGCUUCGGAGCUGCUCCGUGGAGCUGCAAGUUUCACUUCCACGCCGAAUCACUCCACUUUCCUCUCGGUCUCCAACAACCAUGCUGAGACCGGGCUUCACCUCGACUUCCUCUCUCUCAUCUGACUGAGCGCCGACGGGCUUUGCUUACAUUCUCUCUCUCUCUCUCUCUCUCUCUCUCUCUCUCUCUCUCUCUCUCUAUCCCUCUCUCCGUGUCGCUCUCAUUCAUACACCCGGGUCUGUACUUUUAUUUCCUCCACCUCUCUCGGCGCAAAAACACAGGCUCCUCUUGCGCCCCGACCCUCCCCGCAGCCGUGCGCCUUUUUGGUGAUGGAGUGUAGCUGGUGGUCGGGAGCCGCUACGUGAGACGCGUGAAGGCUUUUCAUUUCUUUCUUUUUUUGUGUGGUGCUGCACCAAAGCGGACCGCAGUUCAGCGGAAGGAAUAUGAGCGGUGAAGGUUUGCGGCAAACGACUGCUCGCUGAGGUUUACAGGCCCCGGAUAGGUUUUCUCCCUCUUCCAUUCGUUCCCUCUCAUCCAUCUUCAAACCACUGUCAUUGUCCGGCAUCUGGAGGAUCUUGAAGAACAAAAUGGCUGCUUCACUGUGUAAAUGUCCCCUGCUGUACGGCCUUCUGUUCCUUCUGGCCUUUUAUCAGUGCUCUGAAGGGUUCAGUCGAGCAGCUCUCCCGUUCGGCCUGGUACGCCGAGAGCUGUCGUGCGAAGGUUACCCCAUUGACCUCCGAUGCCCGGGGAGUGACGUCAUCAUGAUCGAGACGGCCAACUACGGCCGCACAGACGACAAGAUCUGCGACGCCGACCCUUUCCAGAUGGAAAACAUCAACUGCUACCUCCCAGAUGCCUACAAAAUCAUAUCUCAGAGAUGCAACAACCGGACGCAGUGCGUCGUUAUUACUGGGUCCGACGUCUUUCCAGAUCCAUGUCCUGGGACGUACAAGUAUCUUGAAGUCCAAUAUGAGUGUGUCCCAUAUAAAGUGGAGCAAAAAGUUUUCAUUUGUCCUGGGACUUUGAAGGCAGUGGGGGAACCUGUUUUUACCUUUGAGGCUGAGCAGCAAGCGGGAGCUUGGUGCAAAGACCCCCUGCAAGCUGGGGACAAGAUCUAUUUCAUGCCCUGGACACCAUAUCGUACGGACAACCUAAUCGAAUACAACUCGCUUGAGGAUUUUCGCAACGGCAGGCAAAUGACAACGUACAAGCUGCCUCAUCGAGCGGAUGGCACCGGGUUCGUGGCCUACGAUGGUGCCAUCUUCUUUAACAAAGAACGGACGAGGAACAUCGUCAAGUUUGACCUGCGCACUCGCAUCAAAAGUGGCGAGGCCAUUGUGGCCAACGCUAACUACCAUGACACUUCGCCUUACCGCUGGGGAGGUAAGACUGAUAUUGAUCUGGCUGUGGAUGAGCGGGGAUUGUGGGUAAUCUACGCAACAGAGCACAACAAUGGGCGCAUCGUUGUGAGCCAGCUGAACCCGUACACGUUGCGAUUCGAGGCAACUUGGGAGACAUCGUACGACAAGCGCUCGGCCUCUGAUGCCUUCAUGGUGUGCGGAGUGCUGCAUGUGGUGCGCUCCAGCUAUGAGGAGAACGAGAGCGAGGCCAGCAAGAGCCAUAUCGACUACGUCUACAACACCAAGCUAGGCCGCGGCGAGUAUACCGACAUCCCCUUCCCGAACAACUAUCAGUUCAUUGCUGCUGUGGAUUACAACCCUCGAGACAACCAGCUCUAUGUGUGGAAUAAUUUCUACAUCCUGCGCUACGAGCUGGAGUUCGGCCCGCCGGAUCCCGAUGAAGUGUCCACGCUCGCAGACGGGCUCACGUCGACGUCGUUCCCCAGAAGAACUACCACUACCGUGAGCACCAGCAGCAGCUCCACACACCGAAUUCUGGCCAACACUACCAUCACUGUUGACCCCAAACAGAGCAAAGGAGCUAAGGAGCCUCCGUUGGAGAAAUCCGGGGGUGUCGAUCCUACCAGCGCCGGGCCUCCGCCCACCAUCAGACGCUUCUGCGAGAGCACCGAGAUCAGAGACAUUGUCUGGCCUCGUACACACAGGGGCGUCACUGUGGAGCGGCCAUGUCCCAAAGGAACCAGAGGUAUUGCCUCGUACCUCUGCACAGCCGCAAGUGGUACGUGGAACCCAAAGGGACCAGACCUGAGCAACUGCACCUCCCACUGGGUCACACAGGUGGCGCAAAAGAUCCGGAGCGGGGAGAACGCGGCGAACCUGGCCAAUGAGCUGGCGCGCCACACACACGGCCCGGUGUUCGCUGGCGAUGUCAGCUCCAGCGUCAGGCUCAUGGAGCAGCUGGUGGACAUCCUGGACGCACAGCUUCAGGAACUCAAGAGCGAAAAGGACUCGGCCGGACGCAGUUUUAACAAGCGUCAAAAGCGAGAAAAGACAUGCAGGGCCUAUAUGAAGGCGAUCGUGGACACGGUGGAUAACCUGCUGAGGCCGGAAGCGCUGAAGUCGUGGGAGGACAUGAACUCGACGGAGCAGACGCACGCCGCCACCAUGCUGCUGGACACGCUUGAGGAAGGGGCCUUUGUUCUCGCCGACAACCUGAUCGAGCCGGCUGUCGUCAGAGUGCCUGCGGAGAACAUCAUAUUGGACGUGUAUGUGUUGAGCACAGAAGGCCACGUUCAGGAUUUCAGGUUUCCUCAGACAAGCAAAGGAGGCGCCAUGAUCCAGCUCCCCGCCAACACGGUCAAAUUAAACAGCAAGAAUGGUGUUGCAAAGCUGGUCUUUGUUUUGUACAAACACCUCGGGCGCUUUUUGACCACGGAGAACGCCACGCUCAGGCUGGUGAGCGAAGGAGGAACAGUGAGGAACCACACACUCACCGUCAACUCCCACAUUCUGUCUGCGUCCAUCAACAAGGAGUCCAGUCGCAUCUUUAUUUCGGAGCCUGUCGUCUUCACACUCGAGCAUCUUGAUACUGAGAACUACUUCAACCCAAACUGCUCAUUCUGGAACUACUCAGAUAGGAGCAUGAUGGGCUACUGGUCGACUCGGGGAUGCAAGCUUCUGGGAACGAAUAAGACGCACACCACCUGCUCGUGUAGUCACCUCACUAACUUUGCCAUCCUCAUGGCCCAUCGAGGACAUGUGGGCGACGGAAACGUCCACGAUUUCCUCCUGAACGUGAUCACGCGCAUAGGCGUGGCCGUGUCGCUCGUCUGCCUGGCCAUCAGCAUCUUCACCUUCUGCUUCUUCCGUGGCCUGCAGAGUGACCGCAACACCAUCCACAAGAACCUGUGCAUCAACCUCUUCGUCGCUGAGCUCUUCUUCCUCGUAGGAUUCAACAUGACCGAACCUCCGAUCAUGUGCUCAGUUAUAGCCGGGAUUCUUCAUUUCUUUUUCCUGGCUGCGUUUGCGUGGAUGUGUCUGGAAGGCGUGCAGCUGUACAUCAUGCUCGUCGAGGUCUUCGAAAGCGAAUUCUCCCGCCGGAAGUACUAUUAUGCGGCCGGAUACCUCUUCCCAGCCGUAGUGGUCGCCAUCUCGGCAGCCAUCGACUACAGGAGCUACGGCACCAAGAGAGUCUGUUGGCUGAGAGUCGAUAACCACUUCAUCUGGAGCUUCAUCGGCCCCGUCGCAUUCAUCAUAAUGCUCAAUCUGGCCUUCCUGGUCAUGACCAUGUACAAGAUGGUGAAGCACUCGACCUCGGUGAAGCCCGACUCCAGCCGCCUGGAGAGCAUCAGGUCAUGGGUGCUGGGGGCGUUCGCGUUGCUCUGUCUGCUCGGCCUCACCUGGUCAUUCGGGUUGUUCUUCCUGAACGACUCGUCGAUCGUCAUGGCCUACCUCUUCACCGUCUUCAACACACUGCAAGGGAUGUUCAUCUUCAUCUUCCAUUGUCUCCUCCAGAAAAAGGUGCGAAAAGAAUACGGGAAGUGUUUCCGUCAGUCUCAGUGCUGUGGCGCUUUGCCCCCGGACAGCACACACAGCGUGGGCAAAGCCUCCACGUCUCGCUCCACGGCCCGAUACUCCUCCGCCACUCAGAGUCGUAUCAGGCGGAUGUGGAAUGACACGGUGAGGAAGCAGUCCGAGUCUUCCUUUAUCUCUGGAGACAUCAACAGCACCUCGACACUAAACCAAGGAAUGACUGGCAACUAUCUCCUCACUAACCCCCUCCUCCGAGCACACGACACUAACAACCCCUAUAAUAACCUCCUCGCCGAAACCAUUGUGUGCAACACACCUUCUCCGCCUGUCUUCCACUCACCAGCUAAACUCGUUUGAUGUCUGGGUUCGGUUUCUUCUCCGGCGUCAACAAGGGAGCCGUUUCUUAUCUCGACUACUGCAUGUCACACUACAACAGCCAUCAUUUUUUUUUUUCUUUCCUGCCUCCUUUCUAUUUGCUGCAAUCUCGCUCCCAUUUCUAUUCAAAUUAAAGGACUCGAGUCGUAGCCGGCGUGAGACGUGAAACCGAGCGCCGCUUAAUGCGGCAUUUCAAUGUCUCCUACCGGAUGACGUUUCAGGGAUGGAUGGAUCUUUUUUUUUUUGUUUGCGGAAAUGUGGCUCCCUUUUUUUAUUUUUGACACGGAUAAAUACAUCAAUGACUAGAACUUAAUUAGACUUCAAUUAACAGAGAAAUGGACGUUGGUUAUUAACAGUAAUGCAAAUAACUAACCGUUAUCUGAGAAAAUGUGACAUCAUGGUGGAACUUGACAGGAUCUGAGUCACUUGUUUUUCUCGAUUAUAGAAUCGCUGGACAGUUUGAGUAAGAACUCUAAAAAUCCUAGCAUGAGAUCUUCGUCGUAAUCAUAAUAAGGAACUCUUUUCACAGAUUUUAUCUGUGGGUCAAAAAUGUUCUGUCAUGGUAGUUAUUUAGUAGUAAAUUAGAGAGCAAAAAUUCCAGUUUGGCUUUUUCCACAUUCCCAUGUCUAAACUAAACCCUAGAGAAAUAAUAUCAUAUGAACAAGAGUGCAGUUAAACAGCAGUGGGGCUAUAAAUUAAGCUAAGAUGUUAGUAAAGUCAGGUACUAAUGCAGGUGAGAAGGUGAGGAGGUCUGGAGUGCAGUCAGUGUUCACAUUCAUCCCGAAGGCGUUCAAUAGGUUUUAGGGCUCUAUAGCAGGAGAUCUUCCACUCCAACCCUAUGUGAAGCAGAUCUUCAUGGAGCUGGAUUUGUGCAUGGGAACUUUUCAGUGUCAUGCCAGAACAAGUUUGGUACUUCUAGUUCAAGUGAAGGAAAAAUUUCAUGCUACCGCUACCAAAGAUGUCCUUCACAACCGUGUGCCUCAAAUUCGAUGGUAGGGAAGAACCACAUAUGGCUGGAAAAGUCCGGUUUGCAAAUACUUAUGUCCAUAUCGUGUACAUUUAAGGAUUUCGAAUUCUCGACGAGCAAAUUUUUUAGACUGCUUCAAAAGAAAUCCAAUCAUUAAAGGCUUCUAUUUUUUGUGCAGGUUUUUUUUGGUCAUAUUACCCAUUCUUUUUGCUCUUCCUUCCUUCAUUCCUUCCUUCUUUCCUUUCCUUUUCUUUCCUUCCUCUCUUGAUUGGUCAUAGUCAUAGGUAUAAAUGUAAUCAAGGCUUGUUUCGUUUUGUGAUUUGUUUAUAUAUACAGUUUAUAUAUAUAUAUAUAUAU